ACAGCUCAACAAUGGGAGUGCACCAAACUGCGCUGUGGAGAAACGAGGUUGGCGGAGAGCAGGUGCCACUGCUCUGACGACUGCCUGGGUGCUGGUGACUGUUGUACCAACUUCAAACAUGUCUGUCAAGGAGAGACAGAAUGGGUGGCAGAUGACUGUGUGGAUUUGACGAGCCCUAAAUGUCCAGCGAACUUUAAACUGCAGCCGCUGCUCCUCAUCUCACUGGACGGCUUGAGAGCAGAGUAUCAACAAACAUGGAGUUCCCUCAUCCCCGCCCUGGACAAACUUAGAACCUGUGGCACCUCUGCACCUUACAUGCAGCCUGUGUUCCCCAGCAUUACCUUCCCUAAUCACUACACCAUUGCCACGGGCAUGUACUCCGAGUCCCACGGGCUGGUUGACAACAAGAUGUAUGACCCUGUGUUCGACGCUUCCUUCAGUCUGUCAAACGAUGAGAAGUCCAACCCCAGAUGGUACCUUGGUCAGCCGAUUUGGCACACUGCCAGUUACCAAGGACUGAGAGCAGGGACGUAUUUCUGGCCUGGCUCAGAUGUCAAAAUCAAUGGCAGUUUCCCAGACAUCAACGAAGACUACAACGGAAAAAUACCUUUUGAGGAGAGGGUCUUCACACUCCUGAAGUGGCUACAGUUGCCAGAUAAUGAGAGGCCAGAUUUCUUCACGUUGUACCUCGAGGAGCCGGACAAGUCGGGGCACAGCUUUGGUCCUGUCAGUGGAGGGUUGAUCGAGGCUCUCACGGGAGUGGACAAGGUCAUUGGUCAACUGAUGAACGGACUCAAACAGCUGAACCUGCAUCAGUGUCUCAACAUCAUCAUCGUAGCGGACCACGGUAUGGAGGACACAAGUUGUGACAGGAAGGAAGUCCUCCAGGAUCUACUCCAGGUGGAAAAUGUUCGUGAUCUAUAUGUCUACGAGGGACCAUUUGGGAGAAUUAGAUCCAAUGACAAAAACCAACCCUUGGACUCGGCCCAACUUGUAGCCAACAUGACGUGCAAGAAGAACGGUCAGAAGGUCAAGGCUUACCUGAAAAACCAUCUGCCCAAGCGGUUCCACUAUGCAAACAGUAGACGCAUUGAGGACGUCAGCGUGAUAGUCAAUCCAGGAUGGCUGUUCGAGAGAUACCCAGGGUCUUUGACCUUCUGUGCAGGUGGAGCUCAUGGGUAUGACAAUGAUGAUGCUAGUAUGCAUGCUAUGUUCUUAAGCUAUGGACCCAAGUUUCAUUAUAAAACCGAAAUAGAACCAUUCUCCAAUAUUGAGCUCUACAAUCUCAUGUGUGAUGUGUUGGGGAUCUCCCCAUCCCAGAACAAUGGAAGCCAUGGCAGUAUGAACCAUCUCCUGAGGACUCCCUGGCACACUCCCAUACACCCCGCAGAGCAGACAACCCCUGGGCAGUGCCCUCUGGUGAUCCUUGAACCCACAGAUACCCUGGACUGCACAUGCACCUCCCUGGGUGUAACUAAUCCAAAUAGUCGUCUGAAUCUGACAGCUGCUGAAGUGAAGGCUGUUGAGCAGAAGCACAUGUUGUUUGGAAGACCAAUAAUGCUGCAACCCAGCAAUGACUACUGCUUACUGUAUCAUCAGGGCUUUGUCAACGCCUAUAGCAAAAAAUCCCUCAUGCCAGUGUGGAACUCAUACACUUUGGACAAACCUGAAAACAUGGACCCUUUGCCAGCAGUCACACCAGACUGUCUGAGGGCUGAUGUCCGCAUCGCGGCAGAUGAAAGUCCCAGAUGUGACCAGUAUGCUCCAGCCAGGAACAAUACCCACGGUUUCCUCUACCCUCCCAAUCUCAACAAGACAGCAGAGGAGGAGUAUGAUGGCCUGUUGAUGAGCAAUGUUGUACCCAUGUAUCCUGAGUUUAAGACGAUCUGGGAUUACUUCCAGACUACAUUGCUGAAAAAAUAUGCCAGUCAAUAUAAUGGCAUUAAUGUGGUGACAGGCCCGGCAUUUGACUACAACUACGACGGACAGUUUGAUUCUCAAGACCAGAUACAACAGUUUGUAACAGGUACACAGAUUCCAAUCCCAACCCAUUACUUUGCAGUUCUCACAAGCUGUAAGGACUCGCAACCAGUGAGCAGCUGUAACAAUGAGCUACAGACAGUUUCCUUCUUGAUACCACACAAAGCGGACAACUCAGAGAGUUGUAAUAAUGGUGACACGGCAUCUCUAUGGGUUGAAGACCACCUGUGGUUCCACCAAUCACGUGUCAGAGAUGUAGAGUGGCUCACAGGAUUGGAUUUCUAUCAAGGCAGCACCAGGCCUAUCCCGGAACUUCUAAAAGUAAAGACUCGGCCAACUGCUGCCAUUCACAGAAGGCCUUGAAAUGAAUGACCUUUUGAAAUAUACAUGUAUUGGUAGAGGUAUUUGAUCAUUAUAAAAACAUACAUUUUAUUUAGUUUGUCUAGUGUGGGUAUUUAUCCACUUGUUAAUAAAUAUUUAAUGAUUCAAAUCAAUGCAGGGAGGAAUGCAAAUGUCAUGAAACAUGUACAAUGCUUCUGUAGGCCACAAUCACCACACAAGUCUUUUCCACCUUUAAAUUCCUGUGCAGAGAUUAUCCCCUAAUCUUCUGACUUCCACAGAAAGACCUGUUUGACAAUUACAGGAAACAUAUCAGCUAAAUGACUUAAUGUACAGUGCCUUCGGAAUGUGUACAGACCCCUUGACUUUUUCCACAUUUUGUUAUGU